AUGAUGGGCAUUUAUGAUGUUAAAGAAAACUUUUUUAUUCCCACCUCGAAUGCUCGCCGUGCUGGACCGAGAAACUCAGCUUUUGGAGCUCCAACUUUGGUAAAUGGCACCAGCUCUCGAGCACCACCACCACCGAGCUCCAUGGGGAAUACGGCUGGUGGAGGCUCAAUGAGCAGGGCUUUGGUCUCUGAUGGAGGAAGUAUACUGAGCUCUACGGGGAGUAUGGGUGGUGGAGGCUCAAUGAGCAGGGCUUUGAUCUCUGAUGGAGGAAGUAUACUGAGCUCUACGGGGAGUAUGGGUGGUGGAGGCUCAAUGAGCAGGGGAUUGAUCUCUGAUGGAGGAAGUAUAAUGAGGUCUACGGGGAGUAUGGGUGGUGGAGGCUUAUUGAGCAGGGCUUUGAUCUCUGAUGGAGGAAGUAUAAUGAGCUCUAUGGGGAGUAUGGAUGGAAGUACUGAACAUAAUAGAUCAAUGAUGAUUGGGCUCCAAGGUACUUCAUGA